AUGACAGAUAGAUUAACCCAAUUACAAAUAUGUUUGGACCAGGUAAUGGAACAAUUUUGUGCUACCUUGAACUAUAUCGAUAAGAAUCAUGAUUUCGAACCUGCUAAUGAAUUUGAGACGAAGAUGACAGAUAAACAUGCCACAGUUGCUCCAAGUGAAGAAUUUACAAAUACUAUAGAUGAAUUAUCAACGGAUAUCAUAUUGAAAACAAGACAGAUUAUUAAGUUGAUCGAUUCUUUACCGGGUGUAGAUGUUUCUGCUGAUGAACAAUUACAUAAAAUUGAUUCUUUACAGAAGAGUUUGAUUGAAGUUGAAAAAAAGAAAAUUGAGGCUAUAAGGAAAAAAGAAUCACUUUUAAAUGAGGUUGAUGGUUUAAUAACAACGUUUGUUUCAGGACUUACGGAGGCUGCACAAUCUAGUGGUUAUGGUAAUAAUUAUGAUUGCAAUCAAGGAUCUGUUGAAAAUAAAACUGAGAAAACCAGAAUCAAACCAGAACCUACACAUAAUGAGAUAAAGACAGAACAGGAGCUUUCAAAGGAUAGCAAUGAAGUAAGUAUAUGA